AUGAAGUGGCAUGGAGAUCCUAAACAAGAUCCGAUGGAGAAUAGUGCAAAUGUGACAGAUAAAGACAUGGAGAAGGCUACAGCUCACGAGACAAUUCGGAGACAACCAAGUGAUCCAUUGAUAGAACAAAUAGUGUCAUCGACUCGAUCCAAUAUGAACACUUUGAUGGACUUUCGGAGCAAUGCUUCAGCUAGAAAAAUGGCGAGGAUUCAACGUCUACGAGCGAGUAUGAGAUUUGAAAGCUCGGGAAGCAGUAUGUCUGAUUUUAGUGUGAGUGGUGACGAGGAUAUAGAGUUGCUGAAAGAUCCAAGUACGCGUGGAUAUUUGCUGCGGCUUGAAGAUUUGACAUCAAAGGAGUGGAAACGAAUUUUUGGAGGUUUGUUUCGGUUUUUGUGGCCACAAUCAAUCUCUAAGGGUCUAAAAAAAGGGGAGGAUAGUGAUGAUGACGUCGAAGUUGACAACGUUCUAGUUGCUAACAUGUGCAAGAUUACGAAGAAUUUUGUCAUUUUUCCAGGGGUUCUCAGGCUACUUUGCGACGAAAAUGAAGCAGAUGAGAAGGAGUGGUUGCUGUCACGUCUAGCAGCACAUGUAUACAAUCCAGACAUUGCCGCGCUGUUACAUGGGUUGAUACACCUUUCGAACCGUCGUGGUUUUGAGUAUUUUCGGAUCAUUCGCUGUCUGGUCGAGAGGAUUGUGGAGCAAGCGCCGACUCGACUAGUAAGAUCACUCUCUUCUGUGUCAUCAACGUCGACGGUGUCGUCUACGUCGUCAGCUUCUCCUCGGUUGUCCAUCGGGGGCACACUGACAAUACCAUCAUCUCCAUUAUUCUCGUCAAAGACGACGCCGCUGUCCCCGUCGUUAUGUACCUCAAAUACGACAUCUACAGUUCAUUCAAGGAUAACUGGAUGUGCAGAAAUCCUGUCAAAAAUCCUGAAAGACGAAUUUCCUAAUACCUUUCGGUAUUACAUACAAACGAAACUUCAGCUCGUGUCAUUUGAGAGUGUCGAGCCAUUUGAGCGAGAACUCUUUCCACCGAAAAAGACCCCAAGCGAUCCUGUCAUGCACUAUAAGCUCAAGUACGCAGUAUUAGCCGCUCUGACGGAAGAUUCGACUGUUCUUGCUCGAUUGGCUGAACUUGGAAUGGCAGAGCUACGUUUUUUAGAUGCCCACCACACGAAUGGAGCUUGUAUUCCUAGUGUUCUUCUUAUCGAUGUAUUGCGCCAGGCCAUCGAGUUUUCUAUGCAUCAUUCAGAGCAACUAGAGGCAUUCGUCGCUCCGAUUCACCUCGUUCUAGACACCAUUUGUGCGUCUAUCAACUACCACCAGCAUCUAUCUACGAUAUCAGAAUUCGCUGCGCGUGACCGUUUCAGUGACAGUGACUCCGACAAUGACGAAACCGAGGAUGGAGAGGACUUCACUUUGUUUGCUGAUAUAAGCGGAAAAGAUAACCCGAGUAUACCUUCCAAACGUGAUGCCUCACCUGCUCAAAGUACACUAUUCAUGGGAAUAACGCCUCCAGCAAUCAGCUAUUCGCCUAGGUCCGGCAGGACUAUUGUGAACCAUCGUCCGUUAGCAUCAACAUUGCUUGUUAUGCAUGUGGUGGAGUUGCUGGAUGUUGUUAUACUAAUGUCGAACGACCGCAUUGACAGCCGUUUGACUCGAUUGGAUAUUGCAACGUCGCUGAUGGAAAUUUUUGAUAAGUUCCCCGCGGCCAGCAUACUGCAUUGCCGACUAGUGAAGCUGUACUUGAACCUAUUGGACCGAUCGUCUACAAAUGGGCGUGUAAACAAUCCACUCCUGCGAAGUAUUUUCCAUUCACCUGAUUCUAUCUUGGAGUUUAUCUUACACAAGCUCGACACGAACACGUCGGCUCACAUCUAUGACGCUCAUUUGGCGAUCAUCGGAGUAAAAAUUGCGAAAACUUGCAGCUCGCCCACGCUUCAGCAGGAACUUAUUCGCCAAUUCUGCAACAAUGUGAAGGGUUGGAAUGAUUUUGCUUCAUCACUCGUCGCCACUCAUUCUCAGCAGAUUGACGUGUUAAGCGAUUCACUACUUAGCUUGCAAGUUGACGGCGGUGAGGCUCGUAAUGGAGACCUGAAAAAACGAAACACGAGCGAAGAUGGCAUUAACACAAGCUUCCUACCUGCUCGGCCGUCAUCCUCUGCGAGUGAGUACCUAUCACGAGAGUUGGAACCAUUUCAACGACUUCCGAUGGAGAAAGAAGGUUUUGGAUCGUCACAAAAUCUGGCUCGCGAAAGUGAAGCGGUGCAUCCCAGCGAUAUGUUCCAGAGCCGAUCACGGAGCAAGUUUCCAGAGACAAUUAUCGAUAUUUUGCAGUCAGAUGAGUCGACAUCAUUUGAUGUUGAAGAAGAUGACUUCUUUGUCAGUGGGUAUGUUUACCAGAAGCGCUCUAAGUGGGUAAAGGUGUACCUAAAGUUUGACAAGUCUACUUGUCAACUGACUUUGCAGAAUGCUUCCAUUCCAACCUCUCGACCACCGAGCAAGGGGGUAUCCAAAACGUUUUCUCCACUAAAAGCGUCUUUCUUCCAACAAUUCUUGAUGGCACGCAAGCAGGCAUGGAUGUCACGGCCCAAAACAUUGGUGGUGUGUAAUGCUCGAAGAUGGAUUGUUUUUCAUCGUGGCGUAAAGGAACACAACAGCGAUGCUUUUGGUUUUCAAAUCGAGGUAUUCGACAACCACCGAGAGGAAGAUGAAACUCUGACUUUUGUCACACUGUCACAUGCGUCGAGGACAAGGUGGUUUGAGUCGAUGCAGUCUGCAGUUACUAGGACACGGACAUGUAACAGCUUCAGUGACAUUGACGAAGCUGCCAAUACGACAUUGGUUGAAAGCGUAGCAAAAAAGUGUGGUGGGUUGUAUUUGGUUGUACCCGAUAUCAACUUGCUGGGGCUCAUGACAUCUGCCAGCUUUUUUUUAAAGUCCGAGGUGCCCGAGGAGAUGCCUUUCUGGGGAACAUAUUAUGGUACCCAGGGCAUACUCAAAUACGUAUCAUUAUUCAAUCAAUGCCUGGAUGUCGUCCUCGUCGAAGAGAAGAAUAUUGAAGCGAUCGGCUACUCGGUGAUUAUAGAAUUUGAUGCUACAUUCCGGAGAUCGGAAAAUAAAGCUACUUGCAUCGACUUGGAGCCACCGUCAGUCAAAUGCACUUGCACUGACACGUACUUGAUUCGUUGCAAUUUAAUCAUUGGAUUGACACGAACAAUCGCUGACUCUGAAAAGCUGUUGCAGCUUCUCUGUGAUGAUGAAUAG